AUGACAUCCUCAUCCACCACCAGUCAAUCGGAUGAGCCCCAGGAGCUGACAAGAGUCGGUUUCGGGCGGAAAAUCAAAGAUGCCUGGGCCAGAUUGGAGUUGGAUAGCCAUACGGUCAUGCUCAUGAUCAAAGGCGCCCUCCCCCCCACCAUCUGUCUGGCCAUGUAUGAAGCCGAUUCCGCCGCCGCCGAGUUCGGCACGGUCGGCUAUCUCAUGGCUGUCAUCUCCAUCCUGGGCUUCGCCAUCAUGCCUCGGGCCAGAUUCAUACAGAUGAUGGUGCUCGACGUCUUGGCCGUCUGUCUCGCCGCCGCCUUCGCCUUGUUGAUGAUGUACACGUGCGUCAAGGCCCGCCAGCACACUCAGUCGUCCGAGGAUGCCCGCGUGUCGGCUGGCACCAAGACAGCCCCCUACAACUCGUCGGCGUCGGUCGUCAGCGGCGUCUGGCUCUUCUUUCAGAUCUACCUGGUGCACUCCGUCCGCGCCAAAUUCAUGCAGUUUCAGUUUCCUGUCAUCAUCUACUCCAUCAUCGCCAACGUCUCCUUCACCUACGCCCCCCGCAUGGCGACCGUGCCGGCCGCGGUCGCCAUGGUCCGGAGGCUGUUGGAGGUCGCCUUGACAGGUCUGGCCGUCUCCACCGGGACGUGCCUGUUCAUCAUGCCCGUGACCUGCCGCGGCAUCGUCUUCAAGCAGAUGGCCAGCUACAUUGAUGGUCUCCGGGGCACCCUACGCGCCCAUCGCAGCUACUUCAGCACCAUGGAGCAUGAUGAUAUGUUUGGACGUGCCGAGACCCACGAUUCCACCAUUGAGAAGGUCAGCAAGAAGGGCAAGGUCUACAGUCCUGAGGCGCAGGCCAUCCAUGCUGCCGUGACCAAGCUUACCGAGCUCCAUGCCAAGCUGCACCAGGAUUUGACCUUUGCCAAGCGGGAGUUUGCUUAUGGAAAAUUGGGGGCAGACGACUUGCAGACCAUUUUCCGCCAUUUGCGCUAUGUGAUGAUCCCCGUCGUCGGCCUGAGUUUCGUCGUGGAGAUCUUCGAGCGCCUGUCCGACCACAACAAAUGGAAUCCCCCCUUGGAUCGCGCGGGUGCCGAUGUCCCCGAUGAGGUGCGUGAACGUGUCGUGCGCGAGUGGAAUGACAUCAUGCGCGCGGUCCAUGACCCGUUCCGCUCGAUGAUCCAGUCGAUCGAUGAGGGCCUGGAACAUGUCUUGUAUAGCUUGGAGUUGGGCAAGCCGCCCAAGAAGACCGCAGCGGCCAAGAACGGAGCGGCCAAGAACGGGGCGAUUAACGGCGACGAUGUGGAGGCGUCCUCGGUGCCAAUGCCGGGGGAUCGGGGCUUUGCGCCCUACCUUGAACGACGAUUGCGCGAGUUCAAGGUGGCCAAGCGGUUGGCGCUGCAAACCUGGAGUGCGGAAAAGGGGAUCAAGUUGCCGCCCGACUUUUUCGAGCGUCCGUCGUCGGCCCACGAAGACAUCGGCGAGAUCCCACGGAACGUGUCGCCCGGCGACCCCAGCGUGAGCCGAGACCGCAGUCGGCGCCAGCUCUACCUGUUUCUCUAUAUGGAACAACUGCUCCAAUCAACGGGUCAGGUGGUCCUGGAUUUCGUCCGCUUCGCCGACGAGCGCGUGGAGAGUGGAAAGCUCUCCAAGAAACAUAUCAUCAUCCCAGGCUCGAAACGGCUGCUUAAAUGGGCGCGCAGCAUGUUUACGACCGAAGAUGCCCACGAAGACGGCAAUAUGGGUGGCGACCUCAACACGCAGAACCAUGUCCUGCAGCUGGGCGAGGCGUAUCGGUACCACAAGGACCCCGAGCACCUCCCGCCCGAGACCACGUUUCAGAGGAUAGGUGACGGAAUCCGCAUGAUCCCUGCCCUGCUGCGCUCUGACGAAUCGUCGUACGGGUUUCGUGUGGCCUGUGCGACUAUGACCAUUGCCGUGGUCGCGUUCAUCAGCGACACGCAGGACUUCUUCGUCCGACAACGCUUUGUGUGGGCCAUGAUCAUGGUCAACCUUAGCAUGUCGCCCACGGCCGGGCAGAGCAUCUUUGGAUUUGUGCUGCGGAUUCUGGGAACCGUCCUGGCGAUGAUUCUGAGCCUGCUGGCGUGGUACAUCCCGGGACAGAAGAGCGCCGGGGUCCACGUUUUCCUCUUUGUCUUUCUUGCAUGCGUCUUCUACGUUCCUAUCAAGAUGUUCCGCUUCCGCAUUGCGGCCAUGAUUACGCUGAUCUCCACCUCGAUGGUGGUCGGGUAUGAGCUGCAGGUGAACAAGGUCGGCCAGGAAGUCGCCAAAUCCAGCGGCCAAUCAUACUACCCGACUUAUCUGCUCGCCCCGUACCGGCUCGCCACCGUGACGGGCGGAAUCGCCGUGGCCUUCUUCUGGACCUUCUUCCCGUAUCCCAUGUCGGAGCGUUCGAUGAUGCGGCAAAGCUUGGGCGCGUCGCUGUACAUGCUCGCCAACUACUACUCGGUCAUCCACGAGACGGUGAAGGUUCGGAUGCGCGGCGGGGAAGGCGACUGGACGCUGAAAACCUCGGCGGGACGACGGCUGCUCAAGGCCCGCAACAAGGUGUUCUCCAAGCUGACGCUGAUGUUAAAUGGGCUCCGCACGUAUUCGGAGUUCCAGCGGUGGGAGGUUCCGGUGGGUGGUCGGUUUCCAACGAAGAAAUACGAUUCCAUCAUCUCAUGUGUGGAGAAUAUCGUCAGCUACCUGAGUCUUUUAGGCUAUGCGUCCGACACCCUCCUCGCGAUGGGUGACGAUGAUGAAACCGACUCGGCGUGGCUCAAUGAUCUUCGGCGGGUGAUCAUCAACGCACGCAUCACCACGCACGAGAUCACUUCCUUGCUGUGCUUGUUGUCUGCCAGUAUCAGCAACCGGCAGCCGCUGCCGCCGUAUCUGAAGACGCCGCGUCCCUACAGCCUCUCAAAGCGGCUGGAAGCGCUCGAUGAGGACAUCCUGAGUGUGCGGCAUAUCGCGGAACCGGGAUUUGCAACAUUUUCUGUCUUGCAGAUUUCGACGCGGUGUAUUGCGGGGGAUGUAGAGCGGUUGAUGAAGGACGUUAAAUCCCUUGUUGGGGAGCUGGACUUCUCGUUCCAUGCGGUCAGCACGGCGCAGAGCCAGAGCACCAAGUCUUCCGUAGAUGUGCCACGGUCGUCACGGGCGACGGACCGCGAUAAGAUGGAAUAG